AAUAUUAUUGUUCAAGUCAAAUAGCUUCCUAGAGUGAAACUUCCUAGAAAUUUCCUCCUCUGGUCUUCUGGUGGUUUUGUUUUUGAUUUUCUUGGUUACAUGUUACGAUCUGCUCUAUGGGAGGCUGAAGAAUCAGAGUCUCUUGAAGAAUUCUCUUUUUUCUUCAUAUUGCUAACAAGUGCGUUCUGUGGAUCUAAUGGUUUUGUUCAGAAAUUUGGUGGCUCAUAUCUUCUGUUCCAUGGAUGUACCUUGAUUUGGAUAACGUCAUUCAUAUAUUUGUCUCGGAAGUUUUCUCUUUUAUAGAAUGGCUGCUUCAUCAUCUUCUUGUCCUUUUGAUGCGUUCUUGAGCUUUAGAGGCGAUGACGUUCGCAAGACUUUUGCAGAUCAUGUCUAUGCAGCUUUGACUGGAGCGGGGAUUCACACCUUCAGGGACGAUGAAGAAAUUGAGAGGGGGAAAAACAUUGACCAAGAACUCACGAAAGCAAUUCAACAAUCAAAAGUAGCAGUAAUAGUGUUUUCUCCAGACCAUGCCUCUUCAAGAUGGUGCCUUGAUGAGCUUUUGAUGAUCAAUGAGCGUAGAAAAUCUGAUGGUAUGCAUAUUUUGCCAAUUUUUUACCAUGUCGAUCCAAGUGCAGUUAGGCGGCAGAAAGAAAGCUUCAAGGAAGCAUUUGAUAGACAUGAACAGCAACUAAAGGAGGAGAUAGACAAGGUGGAGAGAUGGAGGGCAGCUCUUAAAGAAGUUGCAGAUCUAGGCGGGGAGGUUUUAAAAGACCAGUACGAGGCACCGUUCAUUCAAAACAUUGUCAAGCUCGUUGCGAAUAAAUUGGAUCGCAAGCUUCUGCAUGUGGGUUCCUACUUAACAGGAAUAGAUGAUUAUGUAGGCCGGAUUAAUCAGUGGUUGCAAGAUGAGUCGACAAAUGUUAGGAUAUUGGUACUUUACGGGAUUGGCGGGGUUGGAAAGACCAUCAUUGCAAAGACUGUUUAUAACCAGAACUCUCACAAGUUUGAAAGGAGCUGCUUUCUUGCGGACGUUGCAGAAACAUCAGAACAGCCAAAAGGUAUGAAUAGCUUACAAGAACAACUUCUUUCAGAUAUCCACAAGCGGGAAUCAGUAAAGAUAUAUAAUGUAGAUGAGGGAGUUAUGAAGAUCAAGGAUGCUAUGUGUUGCAGGAAAGUUAUCAUUAUUCUUGAUAAUGUGGAUAAUUCAGAACAAUUCAAAUCCAUUAUUGGUGAGCAAGAGUGGCUGUCGUCGGGAAGUAAAAUCAUCGUCACAACUCGAUUGAAGUGUUUGUUAAGUGAAGGUUGUUGGAAACUUCACAUUGAGCCAUUGAGUGUUAAAAACUCACAUAAACUCUUCGCCUUGCAUGCCUUUGGACGAGAAGAUUCUCCUGAAAAUUUCGAUGAGCCCUCUGAACGUGUAGUGAGCCUUUGUGAUGGUCUUCCAUUAGCUCUUUGUGUUUUAGGCUCCUUUCUUCGUCGCAGAAGUAUAGAUGAAUGGAAAAGUGAGAUUAAGGAACUGCAAGAAAUUCCUGAUAGUCGAAUUCAAAAGAUUCUCAGAAAAAGCUUUGAUUCUCUACAUAAUGAUCGUCAUCGAAGCAUAUUUCUUCACAUAGUUUUUUUCUUUAUUGGGUGGGAUAAAGAUGUUGUAGUUAAAAUUUUAGAGGGCUGUGGCUUCGAAGCAAUAAUUGGAGUUCAACAUCUCUUGGAUAGAUGUCUCAUUGAAAUCAAUGAAAGAAACAACCUAGCGAUGCAUCAGUUGGUUAGAGACAUGGGUAGGGAAGUUGUUCGCCAAGAAUCUCCUGAUGAACCGGGGGAGCGCAGUAGAAUAUGUAAUCAUAAAGAGGUAUUUAGGGUGUUGACAGAAAAAACCGGUACCAAGACAAUUAGGGGCCUCAUUCUUGACAUGCAUAUGUUAAGAGAAGAGAAUGAAAAUUCGGUGGAGGAAUCAGUGCUUGGUUGUGAAGAUAGUCCUUCAAUGGUUAAUCGUCUUGUUGGCAUCGUUUGCCAACGGAUUGGGAAUAUCCCAAAAACCUCAUCUACCUCCGCAGAUGUGAUAAAAACAGAGGCAUUUGCAAACAUGCACCAAUUAAAUGUGCUCCUGCUCAAUGAUGUUAAGCUUGAUGGAGGAUAUGAAGAUUUUCCAAAACACUUGGUGUGCUUGCGUUGGCUCAGAUUCCCUUUGAACUCUAUGCCAACGUGUUUAAAUGUGGAGAAACUUGUUGUUCUUGAUAUGCGGCAUAGCAGGCUAAAACAUGCUUGGCAGGGAAAGUCGUUUCCAUGCUUGAAGAUCCUUGACCUAAGUCACUCUCAUUUACUCACUGCAAGCCCUGACUUCACGGGACUGCCUGGUCUUGAGAGUUUGCUGCUGAAAGAUUGUAUAAAUUUAGUCAAGAUUGACAAAUCUAUUAGAGUCCUAAGGGGACUUGUCUUGUUAAAUCUUGAAGGCUGCAUAAAUCUCAGGAUGCUUCCAGACACAAUUGCUGAUUUGAAAUCACUUGAAGAACUAAAUUUGACUGGUUGCUCAGAACUUAAAGUGCUACCCAAAGAGCUGGCUCAGAUGGAAUCCUUGAAGGUGUUUUUUGCUGGUGGAAUUACCUUGAAUGAAUUAAGCUUUAGCUCGAGAGAUGUAAGGGGGCCUUGGUCUUGGUUAUCAGGCAGAGAAGGUCCAGAAUCCACUAUGUUUUCAUCUGCUUUUCUUCCACUUUCUUUGACCCAUUUAAUCCUUACAAACUGCAAUUUAUCUGAUGUUAAAUUUACCACGGAACUUCAUUUGCCCUCUUUGAGACAUUUAGUUCUGCGUGAUAACCCAUUUGAUACUAUAUCGGCUGAAAUUCCUGGGCUCCCUUCACUCGAAUAUCUUGAUAUAACGCAGUGCAACAUCUCCAACGUUAUUAUAAAGGUUCCUACGAGUAUAGAGGAACCGAAUUUGAUAGGGCGGUCAGUUACACGUCUGUCGGACUUGGUGCGUUUUGGGUUAGAGGACAUCUCCAGUGGUUGUGAAAACCGGUUCGCGGCAUCGUUCUGCCAAAAUUUUGAGCAGCUUGUUCAUUCGGAUUGCCCGUAUUUCCGGGUGAAAUUCACUAUCAUGAACAAAAAUAUUUGGUGCCAAUUACAAUAUCUGGGGGAUGGUCCUCGGCCACGUGUAAUACUACAGGAGAAUACUUUGGGUCCUUCGCUUGCGCGUAACUUACUUCUUUGGGAUAUGCAUAAGGGAAAAUUUGAAGAGGCGGACGAGACCAUGAGUAUCUUGGCUGUCAUGUUGAUUUUGAUUAAAGUUUUUAAAUGAUUAGUUGAAUACAUUAUCAAGAAAAAUAUAU